AUGGAGCCUCCUGCAGACGCAACAACCACAGUUAUCGGGAAAGAUGCUCGACAACAUACCGCGGCGCUUACGGAUGACAGCCCAAACCUCGAUGUCAUCUCAAAGGAGGUCCACGAAAGCGACGAUGUCGCCGUUGCGUCUGCGAAGAGUUACAAGAAAGAUUACCGAUUUUGGGCCAUACUGUUCGCACUCUGCAUCACCUCCCUUCUGGCAUCGCUGGAGAACACCGUGGUCGUAACCUCGCUGCCUACCAUCGUCGAGAAGUUGAAUUUUGGAAGCAGCUACGUCUGGGUUGCGAACGCUUUCUUCCUCACUAGCGCCUCUGUUCAGCCUCUCUUUGGUCAACUUUCCAACCUUUUCGGCCGGAGAUACCUCACAAUCUUCAUCGUGGCACUCUUCACCCUUGGCAGUGGGGGAGCUGGAAGUGGCGGCAUCAACAUGAUCAUCGACGUCAUAAUCUCUGAUCUCGUCCCGCUUAGAGAUAGAGGCUAUUACAUGGCCAUCAUUCUUGCUACCUACGGCAUCGGAACGGCGAUCGGGCCAAUAGUGGGUGGCAUCAUCGUACAGACGACGUCUUGGAGAUGGGUGUUCUACAUCAACCUCCCUGUUGGUGGGCUUUCCAUGGUUCUUCUAUACCUCUUCCUUCACGUAAAGUGGGACAGAACGUCCACCUUCCGCGAGAAGAUCCGCCGAAUCGAUUUCAUAGGCAACUCAAUCCUCAUCGCAUCAACAGUUUCCGUCCUCAUAGCCCUGACGUGGGCAGGAUCGGUGCAUCCCUGGUCUUCCUACCACGUCCUCCUUCCUCUCAUUCUCGGUCUUCUGGGCCUGAUCGGCUUCUGUCUAUUCGAACGUUCCGGUCUCGCCCCCGAACCAGUCAUGCCUCUCCGCCUCUUCGGCAACCGUACUUCAGCGGUGGUGUACGGCACGACCUUCCUCAACUCCGCGAUGUUAUACUGGGCCUUUUUCUUCCUCCCGCUCUACUUCCAGGCCGUCAAGCUCUCAACACCGGGACGGUCCGGUGUGCAGCUGCUUCCGGUCACGCUGAUUUCUAUCCCCGGCGCAGCCAUCUCGGCCGUCGUUCUGGCGCGUUGGGGACGCUACAAGGCCCUCCACAUCAGCGGAUUCGCACUCAUGACCGCCGGGUUUGGCAUCUGGAGUGUCUUGAACCGGGACAGCGGCACGGCGGCGUGGGUCCUCGUACAGAUGGUGCCGGCCGUGGGCUCCGGGUUCCUCAUGAACACACUCCUGCCGGCGUUUCAGGCCGGGCUGGAGGAGAAGGACCAGGCUGCCGCGACGGCGAGCUGGUCUUUCAUCCGGAGCUUUGGGAACAUCUGGGGCGUGGCUAUUCCGGCUGCCAUUUUCAACACGUAUGUGUCGAAGUACGCGGGCCGUAUUGAUGACGCUGUCGCGCGAGAGGUCUUGAGUGGCGGGGACGCGUAUGCGAGCGCGACCAAGACUUUUGUGGAGAGUUUCCCGUCGCCUGUAAGGGAUCAGAUCAUCGAGGUUUUCACGGAGGCUUUGAAGAGGGUCUUUUGGAUCUGCAUGGCUUUUGGGGGGCUGGCUUUCGCGGUGAGCUUCUUUGAGAAGGAGGUCAAAUUGAGGAAGGAGUUGGAGACUGAUCACGGUGUUUGCAAGGUCAUGAAAAAGUACCGAGUCAAGAAGCCCAGCGGGCCUCAUGAGCGGAAGGGCGCGUGCGACUGCCGACGUCGUCGCGAUAGACAACGAUCGCAAUCAUCCUCUUCGGUUGCUUCGUUGAUGAGCCAGUCGUCCCCGGGCACCGUCGCGUCAAAGAUUACGACACCUGGUGAUCUGAAUUCAACGCCGGGAUCUUUAGAGCCGUUGCCGCAUGAGAUUACUACGGCCUUUUUCGCGUUUGUUGGCGAUUCACCGUCUCCUCUCACCGAUGUCUUUUCGCAGUCUUUCAUCAAGACAUACCUGGACACCUCUAUUCCAGUACGGGCUAUUGUCACAACUUUCGGAAAGGUCCUGUUGGAAUAUGGGCGCAAGGUCGACCUCCCGAUAAAACAGGCGGCUGCCAAUGCACUUGUUGCGGCGGAUCGUCCAAAGCUGAACGAAUUUCUUGACGUUCUCACCUCGUCCGAAUGUCAUGAUCAACACGUCACCCUCUUAUAUGGAAUACUACUCGCCUAUUUGGAGACCAUGGUAGCCCGGUCCUGGCUCCUUUAUCAAGGCAUUCUAAGGAAGCUGUCGGACAAGAUACGAGAGCAGCUCAAAAGGGAACGUCGAAGACCUCAUCUUUACUUUGACCGCGGAUUAUUGAUCAAUUUCUCACUUCAUGCGGGAUAUCAUGCCUUGAUAUCUUUUGAAGAUACCUUUCUCGUUGACGUCGAGCUCUACGACCCGUCCCCCUUCGCAGACAUCGACACGGCGACCAGCCAUGUCCGCACCAAUGCUGCUAUCCUUCAUCACUAUUGCAGAUACGUGGCGAAUUUUGCACGCCUACACCACAGAGCCACCAAAUGGGUGAGGCAAGCACGUCAGGUCAUUGCGGACCGUCAAAGCAUGUCCGAAGCAACAGUGGACGAAUUGCGACAAACGCUUGCCAGCUUCGGGCUACUACAAACUGGAAAGGAGGUCGUCGAGAGUUCAGCGAGAGUCAUCGACGUGAUGGAGAUGUUCCGCGGCAGCGGCGACGACAACGACGAAGACAUCGACGGAAGCGAUUUCGGCUACAUGAGAGCUCCUCUCUACCAUUUUGCUCUCAUGGGCCUGACGCGCACCUUCUGGGAUCCGACAUGGAAACUCAUCGACAACGACCUGCCGAAUAUGCACGACAUGCCCAACUUGGAAGCCCAUGCUCUGUUCGUCUUGGAAAGGCUGGAACAAAGGAUCCCCUUGCUUGGCCUUGAAUCUUGGAGCUAUCUCGUCAUAAUGAUGGGCGUUGCGAUGGAGGUUAGGAUGCCCGAGUAUCAGAAGCGAGUGGAGGCACUGGUUAAGAGCGUCGCCGAGAAGGGUUUUGCUUGUGCGGAGUCCAUGCUAGGCGACAUGAAGCUGCUUUGGGGGGUGGACUACGCUUUGCAGCACGAUAUCAGUAUUGGUCCUUCAAGUUGA